AUGGCUUUAGCUCUAGACAAGAUCUAUGCUAUUGAGAAGUUGCUAGGCCUCAAGAAUUUCCACCUCCCAAAGAUCCCUUGCUCGAUUCCUUCAGUCCCUUGCCAUCCAGAUAGCAUCUAUGCAUCCAACAAGGCCCAUGAAUGGGCAUACAAGUUCAUGGAUCCAAAAAUGACAGCCGCUGAUAGAAAGGCUUUGGAAGAUUGGAAAAUCCCAAUGUUUGCAACCCUCGCAGUGCCAUUUGGAUCCAAGAGAAAUGCUGUCAUUUGCUCAAAGUAUAGCAUGUUUGCUGUAUUAAUGGACGACUUGGUUGAUGAGGGCUUCGUUGAAAGUAGCAUUCUUCAAGAUUACUAUUCCACAAUCCUUAAUCACCUCCAUAAUCCUGAUUUCAAGAUCCAGGCAUCGGACGAUCACCUUCCAGUUCGAGUUUACAGGGCCACUGAAGAGCUUGUUACUGAGAUAAGAUCAUCCAUGCUUCCUCCAGUGUAUGCUCAUUUUGUAGCACAGUUUGAGAGGUAUGCACUCAGCAGAAUGGCAAGCAGGCCCAAGUUUCUAUCUGUCAAGCAGUAUAUCGAAUGGAGAAGGUUUGAUGUGUUCUUAGAGCCUAUCUUCAGCUUCAUAGAGAUGGCACUUGAAGUCGCAGUUCCGGACAUGGAACUGGAAUCAGAGGACUAUCUAAUUCUGCGAGAUGCCGGAAUUGACUAUAUAUCUAUGCACAAUGAUGUUCUCUCGUUUGCAAAGGAGUUUGCAUGCAACAGACUGCUGAACCUUCCAGUGUUGCUGCUUCUUUCGGAUCCGGAGAUGGAGACAGUCCAGAGUGCAGUGGACAAGAGUUGCAAGAUGAUCGUGGACAAGGAGCAAGAAUUUGUAUACUACCACAACAUUCUGAUCACUCAGGCAAGAGCUGAAGGUAAACACACGUUUGUGAAGUAUCUUGAGUGUCUUCCUACUGUUCUUUCCAACACGCUUUACUAUCACUACUCCUCUGCCCGUUACCAUCCAGCUUUCAUAACGGGUGAGAAGUUUGAUGCGAAUUGGUGCUUGGACACUGUUAUAAACCAUAGAAGAACUGGCCGGUGA